UUGCUUCCCCAAUCCAUCCCCGCUCCGCCUCUGGGCCUGGCCUUCCUCGCGGGGCGGGCGGGGGUCCCGUGGUGGCACGUGGGGAGCCAGGGACGCGCGCCCUGUCCAGGGGCUGAGGCUGGCUCUCUGAGAAUGGUGUGUACAUCCCAGUGGCUGGAGAGGAGGAAGCCCAUUGCCCAGUUGCCUUAUCUUCUGUGAAGACGCAGCCAUGUCUGUAAUGAUAGCGAGGAAGAAAGUGACACGGAAAUGGGAGAAGUUGCCAGGAAGGAACACGUUUUGUUGCGAUGGGCGCAUCAUGAUGGCCCGACAGAAGGGCAUUUUCUACUUGACCCUCUUCCUCAUUGUGGGAACGUGUGCCCUCUUCUUUGCUUUUGAGUGUCGCUACCUUGCUGUCCAUCUGUCCCCAGCGAUCCCUGUCUUUGCAGCCAUCCUCUUCUUGUUUGCAAUGGCCACACUCCUCCGGACAAGUUUCAGUGACCCAGGAGUGAUUCCACGAGCCCUACCAGAUGAAGCAGCUUUUAUUGAGAUGGAGAUUGAGGCGACCAAUGGAACGGUACCUCCUGGCCAGCGGCCACCCCCACGCAUUAAGAACUUCCAGAUCAAUAACCAGAUAGUGAAGCUGAAGUACUGCUACACCUGCAAGAUCUUCCGUCCACCCCGUGCCUCACACUGCAGUAUCUGUGACAACUGUGUGGAGCGGUUUGACCAUCAUUGCCCCUGGGUGGGGAACUGCGUGGGGAAGAGGAAUUACCGCUACUUCUACCUCUUCAUCCUUUCCUUGUCUCUUCUCACCAUCUACAUUUUCUCCUUUAACAUUGUCUACGUUGCCCUCAAAUCCUUGAACAUUGGAUUUUUGAACACUCUAAAAGAAACUCCGGGGACAGCCCUGGAGGUUUUGAUCUGCUUUUUCACACUUUGGUCUGUGGUGGGUUUAACCGGCUUCCACACUUUCCUGGUAGCACUGAACCAGACAACAAAUGAAGAUAUCAAGGGUUCCUGGACUGGGAAAAAUCGUGUGCAGAAUCCCUACAGUCAUGGAAACAUUGCAAAGAAUUGCUGUGAGGUUCUUUGUGGGCCUUUGCCUCCCAGCGUCUUGGACAGGCGGGGCGUCUUGCCACAGGACAAUGCCAUACAAGACAGCAAUGCUGGGCAGGGCUCCACCACACAAGCCGAUAGGAACCCUGACGCCAAAGCCCAGGAAGCCAGUGGUGCCUCAGAGGGUGACAGUGCCCUCCCAGAGGAGAGUUUGCUCUCUGUGCCAGCGUGCAAUGUGCCACCUGCUGCUGCGGAACCGUCUGUUCCAUCCUCGGAUCAUGAAAGGGCAACACAUUAGCCUCUGAAAUGGACACAAGCUCUGCCUUUGUUUGGCGUUCUUCUUGUGAAGUUGCAGAGUGGACAAGGUGGGAACAGCUGGCCGGACAAUGGCCCUGUGGUUCCCUGUGGCUGUUCGUUUAACGGUGGUUGUGGCCUGUGUCUACAUACUGGAGGGGUGCCAGCACUCCCUUUUCCUAUGGAUGCUGAGCACUUCUUGGGCUGCUGAAAAGACUCUUCGUUGAGAGGCAGUUGCUGCUGGUUGAGUCAGCCUCCCUGUCACCUGCAUUUCCUCUCUAAUAUUAUUAAGUGCAUCUCCAGCCGAAACUCAGACAUCUCAAACGCAUGAAAUCUGCUGGGAAGAAGAUGGAGCUGAGGGCAGUCUUCUGUGCCAAGUUUCUGCCUUUGACUGCAGUAUUCUGUUUGCCUGGACUUGGUGGCCAGUGGAACCAGGUUUCUAAAGAUAGCUAUAGCCAACCAUGUAUCUGUCAAACAGUGCCAUGUGGUAUCUGAGAGCCCCAAGUGACUGGAAAUCCUAAAAUAAGCGGUCAAGGGAGUUCCAGGUCCUUUGUUGCUCCAGGUUCCCUUUGUUAUUAAGUAUUGGAAUUUCUCUCUCUUCCUUUUCACCCCUAGUCAGUCAGCCUUUCUGGGCAUCUCUGAGCCCUUGCUUCCUGCCUCCCUCCAUUUUUUACAGCCUUAGUUGCUUACAUUGGUUAUUAGUAAUUGUUGGCUCUCCUUGAAAGGUGCACAAGGGUAGCAAGGUGAUAAGGGAGCAACAUAACUGGUUGCACUUCGCUAGAAAGGCAAUCCCUGCACAGGAAAUAAGAGAUUGACACUAAUUUUGUGACUUUUUUUGCAACUCUCUGGUCCUGCUGUGUCCUGAGCUCAGUUGACCCAGUUGUAAGCGUGCUUUUUUGGUCGUCUCGGAGUAAACAGUAACUGGUUUGUCUAGUCCAUCUUGUGUCCCUCAGCCUCUUCCCUCUGACGACGUGGAGGGAGAGCUGUGAGAAAUCGGGUUGAUAGCUGGCCCUUGGAACCAUUUCAGGCAAAUUCAUUCAGCGCCAUAUGAUUUCAUUGUAAAUGUGCCAGUCCCACUGAAGGUGGGAAGUCUAUUUUUAUGCUCCCUUGUAAAAACAAUAACAUGCCAUAUGAAAAACUGAUGUGUGUGGAAGAAGACUAGCUGGAACUCUGACAUACUCUCUUCAUGCAGGAGGGCAAUAAAAACAGACACUGUGUAAUUCCA